AUGAAAUCUGGCGAACAACAAAACAUUGAAAAUUUUGUGGCCUACGUUGUAACUCUAUUUCUACCUUGGAUUGAAGCUUCUUCGACUCUCUACACAAAUAUGAUAAUAUCUAAAUUAUUUCGACACGAGGUCAAACUCUUGUUAAUCGACAAAGUUCUGCGACCAAUUGUUCAAGUCCUUUCUCGAUUGAUUGAAAAUCAUGGAGAUCGAAAUAGAACAACAGUGAUGACUAUCACAGGUGAUGCACGUCGAUAUCGAGUUGGUGGUACUUCAUUAAGAAUUCGAAUGGUUCCAACUGAACUUCUUCGUUAA